AUGACUGCAUUGGCGGUGGCAUCUUCCUUGUUCAGCUGCAACGAAGAGGAUUAUACACCUCCUCUGAAAUUGCCUAGGACUAGCGAUCUCUCUGAAGUUGAAAUCUCCACUCGAUUUGACGGUGACGACUCGGAUUGGGAGGGAUCCGAGUUCGAUACCGAAGAGUCGGGUGUGGACGACGACUCAGAUGAAGAUUUUGACUAUGUCCCGCUGGUGGAUACCUCUUUGGACUCCGACGAGCCCCUCGCAGAAUACGUCAGACGACAUUGGGAGCGUAAUGCUCCGGGAACUCCCUCUUUUUGUUGGUCGAAGAGGGAGAAUUUCGUCAGGCGUCACUGCUUCGAGGGGACACCGGGUGUGAAAGCACCCCUUGAAGACUCGUCGACCCCAUUAGAAGUGUUCACCAGUGUGUUCCCAGAGGAGUUGUUUCAGACCAUCGUGGACGAGACGAAUCGGUAUGUUCGACAGAACCCGCGCACCCCUUCAUCCCAUAUGAAGGGGUGGGAGGACACAACGGUGCGGGAAGUCCGCUCCUAUGUCGGCUUACGAUUCCUGAUGGGCCUUCAGUCGAAGAGGGACCAGAGGGAAUGGUGGUCGACGGACCCGUUGAUGUCCUCGUCGGUGUUCGCCAAGACGAUGACCAGGGACCGCUACGAUGCCCUGACCUCCGCGCUCCACUUCGCUGACAACGAAGGGGAGCAUCCCGCGGAGGACAGGCUUUGGAAGCUGCGCCCUGUGUUAGACGUCUUGGAAUCGACGUAUCGAUCCGCCUUCGUCCCGAACAAGAACGUGACCGUCGACGAGAGCUUGUGGGCCUUCAAGGGGCGUCACCACGCCCUCCAGUACAAUCCGAGCAAGAGGGCUCGGAGAGGGCUGAAGGUCUACAAGCUUUGCUCGUCCGACGGUCCAGAGGCAGGGUAUACGGCGGCCUUCAAGAUCUACAUGGGGCAGGACCGCGGCGUAUUUCCAUCCAGCAUGAAGGCCGUCACCGACCUGCUGGAGAAGGCAGAUCUGUUCGACAAGGGGUACCAGUUAUACACCGACAACUGGUACACCUCCCCGACUCUCUUCCAUUACCUGCAGGCCCGGAAGACCAGUGCAGUUGGGACUGUGCGUCUCAACCGGCGUGGCAUGCCCUCGGACCUGCAGGCGAGUCGGGGACAAAUCGACUUCCGGUCCAGCAAGACCGGAAUGAUCUGCCUUCAGUGGGUGGACAAGCGUCCUGUUACGAUGCUUUCUACCGCCCACACCAGCAAGGUCGUUACCCUGCCUCCCAACCGCCGAGGGGUGGAGAGGUCGAAGCCUGAAGUUGUCGCUGCCUACAACAACGGCAUGAAGGGUGUCGACCUCUCGGAUCAGCUGGCGCAGUCAUAUCCAACGACGAGGAAGACCGUCAAGUGGUAUAAGAAGAUUUUCUUUUACCUGUUGGAUAUGACUACGACCAACGCGCUGGCUAUCCACCGGGCCCUCGGCGGUAAACUUACCCAGUUUGAGUUCCGAAAGGAACUCGUUCGAGGAUUGCUGCAGCAAGGCGGUCCCCGUGGCUCCUUCCGGCGGAAUCCUCCUCAGGCUCGCCACGAGGAGGAGGUUCCCCAGCAGGCACACUUGCCAGUUGACACACCGCAUCGUCGGUGGCGUCGGUGUGUGCUCUGCUGGAGGAAACCACCGGCGCAGGAAGGAGACCAGGGUGAUGUGCAGUUGCUGCGGCACCUCACUUUGUCCAGCACCGUGCUUUCAGGCCUUCCAUGCCUGAAGGUCGUUGGGCAGUUCAUGCCUGAAGAUAAUUUGAAAGAAAAACACCGUGCUUUCAGGCAUUUCAUGCCUGAAGCUUGGAUAAAGGAAUAUUGUACAUAG